AUGCGGCCGAUCAGCAACAAAGAAACGGAGGCCGUUGAGCUAGACCAGCUCUUUGAGAGCUACGUUGAGACAGAUGUUUUCCAGCAAUUCACUACUUCAACUACCGACCCUUCUGGGUCCGACGAUCUGGCACAUCUCUUUGACCUGUCCCCAACCAAUGACAACAACCUCUUUGGCUUCACGCCUAUUCUCAAUCGGGACGCUGAGCCUUGGCACAAGGCUACGCAACUAUCCUCUCAAAACCCAACCUCGUCCGCUGAUUCAGUCAGUUCAUUUGUGAACUACAGUCAGUCUCGCGGCAACUCUACCUCGAGCGACAGCGACACGCUCAGUUUUGAGGAUCUUUUUGAGCUUGAGACGAACCAACUGCGAUCCACCUCUCAGCCUUCUACACCACGACCUCACGCCGCCACCAAGUGUAUCAAGAAAGCUCAGUCGUUUCCGGAUCGAUCAGUAACACGUGGCAUCCAGAAGACACUGAAGAAGUGUCCAAGUUCGAGCUUUGCGAAGACUGCAAAAAUGAUGCAGCCGUCCUAUUAUCGGGCUCCUGUCCCUGCCAUGUGGGCGCGCAAGAUGGAUAGCGCUGUUGACCUUAAUGCGCACGUGUUGCCCAUUAACAUGCAAUCGCCUCCUCCUUCCACCAAGUUGGUUCAGGAUGAAAGCACAGAUGGGUUCUUCGCACAACAACAACAACAACAACAUCAUCAUCAUCAUCAUCAUCAUCGUCAUCAACAACCUUACACCACCACGACACGGUCUCCAAUUGUUGACGGCAGCUCCUCCCCAGACAUGGGCUUCUCCAAUUACCAACUCACACCACAAGCGUCGCCAGCUAUCAGCAUUCCCAACAACAGCGACCCUUUCAGCCACAACAUAGGCUUGACACAGUCAUCAGCUUCCGGUACCGCGACUCUCUCAGCUUUCACGCCACCAAGCUCCCUCAGAAUUCCCAUGACGACCUGGGGUCCCACCGACUCACCCAACAUCGACUUUGCCUUCUCAGCCUCAUGCUCACCCGACUUUUCUACUACCAGGACAGCAGGCUGGUGGAACGACGAGAUAAUGCCCGCUACGCAACAAAACUACCCCACACACCGCGAAUCCAACGCGCGCACUACAUCACAGAGCAUCCCUGUCUCCAUGGCAGGUCUCGGCAUAUCCUGCGACAUGUCCAGGUUCAGUGACAUGAGCGAAUACCAAUCUCAAUCCGAGAUACAAUCAUAUCACCCAGUAAUGUACCCCACACAGCCCGAUCACGUUCACGCUUCACAUAUGGUUCCCAUUGGCACCCGUCCUCUCUCUCGCUCGCCUUCACCAACACUCCAACCACGCUUCCACCGCCGCCGUCCUUCAGGCCAGGCGCAACGCACAUCAACAACACAGUCGCGCCGAAAGUCCUCUCAGAGCUCGCACGGUUCUGCGCGUGCACCUUCCAGUGGCAACGUGGGAUUUGUCAACUUCACACCCGACGACAGCAGGAAGAUCCUGACCGGUGUUGCACCAAGCGGGUCAAGUAAGACGAAGAUGAGGCGAGAGAAAGAGGCUGCGGAGAAGAGGAGGAAGCUGAGCCAGGCUGCCGUCAAGGCGGUUAUGGAGGCGGGCGGGGAUGUAGAUCGGUUGAGGGCAUUGGAGAGGGAGGGGUUGUGUGUUUUUGAGAGCUAG